AUGGUGAGACCAUACUUUUCUAGCUAUAGAAGAAAAAAAGGUUAUGUUCCUUCGUCUCUAGCUCUUCCCCCUCCCCCUCUACCUCUACCUCCAUCGCCACCUCCAUCGCCACCUCCACCGCCAUCUCCAUCACCAUCUAGUCGCCGUCGUGUAGCCUUGAGUUCACAAGACAAACAUUUGAACAAGCUACUCCAUUCUUCACGUGGACGAUCCUCGAAAGCAAGUUUUACAAAGAAAAAGACUGGAGACAAUGAAUUGGACCUCCCCUUUUUGGUCGCAACCACUCAAAACCAAAAAGAAUUGUGUCUAAUCCUCGGUGUUAGACUACGUUUUGAACCCAAGACCAACUUUAAGAGUAGUGCCGACAGAAGAGCCGACUCUGUCAGCUAUGAAAAGACCAACACUCAUCUGGUUUGCCUGGAAGUGAACACUGCCGCCAAAUGGCGUCCAUCUGACAUUAGCCGCUUGAUCCAAGAGUUUCAUGAACCAGACCAUCCAACGGAACAACUCGAAUCUCUCUUUUAUCGUAAUGGAAUGCAAUUCCAAUUGGAUAGAAUAUUUAUGUCUACAAAAAGCAUAAAGGAUAGAAAGAGUGACAAAAGAGUAUUGUUAGGAGAGCACGAAGUCAGUUACAACUUUUUUGUACUCCUCUUUUACUUCCAACGUGGUCGUAGUUGUGAUCCAGAGGAUUACACUUGUGGAGACGGCAAUUGGACAAAGCUCAAGUUUUACUAUGUCAUCUAUUGUCAACGUUGUCUCAAAUCAAGUCCACCAACCAUUCCAAUGUAUUACGAAGACUGGCUCAAUGUCAACCAAAAGUUGGAAGACAAGGUUCUUCAAGAAGAGGCAACCCGUAUCAGGUUUGUAAAUUAUGCCAGAGUACUCUUGGAGGAGAUCAGAGUUGGUCGUAUCACAUUGAAACAAGCUAUCAGAUUGGUCAUCAAAAACAUUGAAUCAAUGUCCUUUUAUCAAGAUAAUGAAUAA